ACUCUUUGGCACACCUGUAUUUUUGCUAUAUCAACAGACAAUCAUUAUUUUCCACCUGUCUUGGUAUGUCAGAGAAAAACAGAGCACUCUCCAUCUCACAGUUCCAAUCUUGGGAGGCCAGGUUUCAGUGAUCGCCCUGCCUACCUGGACUGGAGAAUGUGUGUGACAGUUUGUGGCUGGGAAGGGAUGCUGAAGAUGGAACCAGUUUGUCUGUUUUGGGGAGGGUUUGUUUUCACUGAGUGAUGCACCUGGAAGGCAUGCCGAAGGUGGAACCGGUUUGUUUGCUUUGGGGAGGGUAUGCAUUCGCUGAGUGAGGCAAGGGGUAGGCAGUCCUACAGGAGUACGGAACAGCAUGGACUGCUAACACUGUCACAACUUUCUCACAUCGCUGGUAAAACUCCUCGGUGGCGGAGUAACAAGAAACUGCAUGGUCAAAACAACCCAAUGGAGACUAAGGUUUAGACAGAAGAGCUUUUCAUAAAGGAUCAUGCCUGGUGUCCGCAGCGGGUGGAGGCUCUCUGAUGGGCUGAUGCUGGAGCAAUCAGAGAAAGGACAAUUGGUCGUUUCCAGUGUUGUCGAUGGCUCCUUGGCCAAUCAGGGGCUGAAAGAAGGAGAUGAAAUUGUGGGUGCCACAAUCAACUUUGACCAACUUUCGAAAGACGAUGUGUUGAAAAUACUGAGGUUGAUGGAUGAUAAUGGAUUUGAUGAGAAGGUUCAAGUUCUGACGAAAAAUAAUUUGCGCAAGAGUAUGGGGACCUUGGACAGCAUCAAAGCACCAGAGGAGAUGUUGAAGGAUUCCUAUGACAGACUCAAUGCCAAAAUAAAGAGGUUCAUGAAGGAGGACCGCUCUGGACAACCUACAGCUUCUGGGGAAAGACGCUCUCCUAACGCGCAGGUACCGAGACCUCUCUGGGCCAAGCCUGAUGUCAGAGGAACAGACCCUACAGUGACUCUCAAUAAUCCUGGUGGAGAACUUUCGUUGCCUAAUGUCAACAUGAAUACAAGGGAUCUCUUCCUAGCUCAAUUGAAUGGGUCUAUAGAGGCUGAUCCUGAUGUCAAUAUCUCCAAUUUACCUUCAGUAGACCUUAAAGGUUCCAAAAUAGAUCUAGAAUUUCCAAAUUCAGACAUUGGCAUCCCAUCUGGGAAGAUCAAAACACCAAGUCUUGGUAUGGCUGACUUUGCUAUAUCUGGACCAAGAUUUAGGAAUCCAGACCUGGACCUCUCAGUGGAUGAGAUGUGUGUAUCAGAUAUCAGUUUGCCUGACCUCAAUAGUCCAGAUAUUGACAUACCCCCAGGUAAAUUCAAACUAACGAAACCACAUGCAGAACUCAAAGCUUCUGAUUUUGAUGUGAAUGCCCCCUCUGGUAAACUGAAGAUGCCCAAAUUUGAUAAUGAUGUAAAAAAAACAAAGCUAAUUCUCAAAGCUCCCAAGAUAAAAGGUGGACUUGAUGCACCUGACUUAGACUUACCCAAAGUCGACCUGAAAUCACCUAAAUUAGAUGUAAACACUCCAGAUAUUGACAUUGAUUCACCCACAGGGAACUUGAAAAUGCCCAAAUUGAAAAUGUCAACAUUUGGAAUGAAGGGGCCACAUAUUGACAAAGAUGGAGGCAUAGAAGGACCAGACCUGAACUUGUCAUCUCCCCAACUCAAGGGUUCCAAAUUAGACCUCAACAUUCCAGAUGCUGAUAUUGGCCAUCCAUCAGGAAAAUUCAAAAUGCCAACUAUCAAGAUGCCACAUUUAGGUUCAUCUGGACCAAAGGUUAAGGGGCCUGGCUUUGAUCUUUCAGCCCCCAAGUUUAAAGCUGGGAUUGAUGCCCCUGACAUGGAUUUACCAGACAUGGACCUCAACGCCCCUAAAUUAGAUGUAAACACUCCAGAUAUUGACAUUGAUUCACCCACAGGGAAAUUGAAAAUGCCCAAAUUGAAAAUGUCAACAUUUGGAAUGAAGGUGCCACAUAUUGACAAACAUGGAGAUAUAGAGGGACCAGACCUGAACUUGUCAUCUCCCAAACUCAAGGGUCCCAAAGCAGAACUCAACAUUCCAGAUGCUGAUAUUGGCCGCCCAUCAGGAAAAUUCAAAAUGCCAACUUUCAAGAUGCCACAUUUAGGUUCCUCUGGACCAAAGGUUAAGGGGCCUGGCUUUGAUCUUUCAGCCCCCAAGUUUAAAGCUGGGAUUGAUGCCCCUGACAUGGAUUUACCAGACAUGGACCUCAAAGCCCCUAAAUUAGAUGUAAACACUCCAGAUAUUGACAUUGAUUCACCCACAGGGAAAUUGAAAAUGCCCAAAUUGAAAAUGUCAACAUUUGGAAUGAAGGGGCCACAUAUUGACAAAGAUGGAGGCAUAGAAGGACCAGACCUGAACUUGUCAUCUCCCCAACUCAAGGGUUCCAAAUUAGACUUCAACAUUCCAGAUGCUGAUAUUGGCCGUCCAUCAGGAAAAUUCCAAAUGCCAACUUUCAAGAUGCCAGAUUUAGGUUUCUCUGGGCCAAAAGUUAAGGGGCCUGACUUGGAUCUUUCAGCCCCCAAGUUGAAAGGGGGAAUCAGUCCCCUAGAUCCGAAUCUGCCAGAUCUCAAAGGCCCCAAACUAGGCCUAAAUGCACCAGAUGUAAACUGUAAUAUGCCCUCAGGUAAAAUCAAAGUUCCUACAUUGAAGAAACCAAAGGUUGAUCUGAAUGCUCCUGAUCUGGACAUUGAUGGCCCCUCUGGUAAACUGAAAAUGCCCAAAUUUGGGCUGUCUGGUAAAAUGCCAAAAUCCACUAAACUUAAUUUCAAAGCCCCAAAGAUAAAGGGGGGAAUUGAUUCCCCAGACUUGAAUUUACCAGAUGCUGACCUGAAAGCCCCUAAACUAGAUAGAAAUUCCCCCGAUUUUGACAUCAAUGCAUCCUCUGGGAAAUUCAAAAUGCCCAAAUUCAAAAUGUCUAAAUUCAGAGGCCUAAAAAGACCAGAUGUUGACAUUGAUGGAGACUUAGAGGGUGCAGAUAUAGAUAUCAAUGCCCCCACAGCUAACCUCAAAGGUCCCAAAACAGGUCUAAAAAUGCCAGAUUUGAAGAUGCCUGAUUUCAGGCUAUCUGGGCACAAUGUAGAUAAACCGAACUAUGACUUACCCGAUAUUGAUCUCUCAGCCCCAAAGCUAAAGGGAGGCAUCAAUCCCCCCGAUUUGAAACUACCUAAAGGUAAAAUCAAAGGACUAAAACUAGACCUCAAUGAUCCAGAUUUGGAUGUUGACGCUCCCUCAGGAAAACUGAAAAUGCCCAAAUUUGGACACUCAGGCACUUUGCCAAAAGGACCAAAUCUGGACAUAAAUGCAGGUGCGAAAUCACCAAAGUUCAGUCUAAACAUGCCAAAGAUAAAAGCUGGGAUUGAUGCGCCUGACAUGGAUUUACCAGACAUGGACCUCAAAGCCUCUAAAUUAGAUGUAAACACUCCAGAUAUUGACAUUGAUUCACCCACAGGGAAAUUCAAAAUGCCAAAUUUGAAAAUGUCUACAUUUGGAAUGAAGGUGCCACACAUUGACAAAGUUGGAGAUAUAGAGGGACCAGACCUGAACUUGUCAUCUCCCAAAGUCAAGGGUCCAAAAGCAGACCUCAACAUUCCAGAUGCUGAUAUUGGCAGUCCAUCAGGAAAGUUCAAAAUGCCAACUUUCAAGAUGCCAGAUUUAGGUUCCUCUGGACCAAAGGUUAAGGGGACUGACUUGGAUCUUUCAGCCCCCAAGUUGAAAGGGGGAAACAGUCCCCUAGAUCUGAAUCUGCCAGAUCUCAAAGGCCCCAAACUAGGCCUAAAUGCACCAGAUGUAAACUGUAAUAUGCCCUCAGGUAAAAUCAAAGUACCUACAUUGAAGAAACCAAAGGUUGAUCUGAAUGCUCCUGAUCUGGACAUUGAUGGCCCCUCUGGUAAACUGAAAAUGCCCAAAUUUGGGCUGUCUGGUAAAAUGCCAAAAUCCACUAAACUUAAUCUCAAAGCCCCAAAGAUAAAGGGGGGAAUUGAUUCCCCAGACUUGAAUUUACCAGAUGCUGACCUCAAAGCCCCUAAACUAGAUGGAAAUGCCCCCGAUUUUGACAUCAAUGCACCUUCUGGGAAAUUGAAAAUGCCCAAAUUGAAAAUGCCUAAAUUCAGAGGCCUAAAGGGACCAGAUGUUGACAUAGAUGGAGACUUAGAGGGCCCAGAUAUAGAUAUCAAUUCCCCCACAGCUAACCUCAAAGGUCCCAAAACAGGUCUAAAAAUGCCUGAUUUGAAGAUGCCUGAUUUCAGGCUAUCUGGCCCUUAUGUAGAUAAACCUGACCAUGAUUUACCUGAUAUUGACUUCUCAGCCCCAAAGCUAAAAGGGGGCAUCAAUCCCCCAGAUUUGAGACUACCUAAGGGUCAUCUCAAAGGGCCCAAAUUAGAUCUCAAUGCUCAAGAUUUUGAUGUUGAUGCUCCAUCUGGUAAACUGAAAAUGCCCAAAUUUGGGCUUUCAAGUACAAUGCCAAAAGGACCAAAUGUGGACAUUAAUGCAGGUGCGAAAUCACCAAAGUUCAGUCUACAAAUGCCAAAGAAUAAAGGUGGGAUUGAUGCCCCUGGUGUGGAUCUACCAGACAUCGACCUCAAAGCCCCUAAAUUAGAUGUAAACACUCCAGAUAUAGACAUUCAUUCACCCACAUGGAAAUUCAAAAUGCCCAAUCUGAAAAUGCCUAAAUUUGGAAUGAAAGGGCCAAAUAUUGAUCUAGAUGGAGAUAUAGAGGGACCAGACUUGAAUUUGUCAUCUCCCAAACUCAAGGGUCCCAAAGCAGACCUCAACAUUCCAGAUGCUGAUAUUGACAGUCCAUCAGGAAAAUUCAAAAUGCCAACUUUCAAGAUGCCAGAUUUAGGUUUAUCUGGACCAAAGUUUAAGGGGCACGACUUAGAUCUUUCAGCCCCCACGUUUAAAGGGGGAAUUAGUCACCCAGAUUUGGAUCUGCCAGAUGUUGCCCUCAAAGGCCCCAAAAUAGACCUCAAUGCACCAGAUGUAAACUUUAAUAUGCCCUCAGGUAAAGUCAAAGUACCUACAUUGAUGAAACCAAAGGUUGAUCUGAAUGCUCCUGAUAUGGACAUUGAUGGCCCCUCUGGUCACCUGAAAAUGCCCACAUUCUUGCUGCCUGGUACAAUGUCAAAAUCCCCAGUCUUGAGGCUCAAAGCUUCAAACAUUAAGGGGGGAAUUGAUGUUCCAGACAUGAAUUUACCAGAUGCUGACCUCAAAGCCCCUGAACUAGAUGUGAAUGCCCCAGAUCUUGACAUCAAUGAACCCUCUGGGAAAUUCAAAAUGCCCAAAUAUAAAAUGCUUAAAUUCAGAGACCUAAAGAGACCAGAUGUUGACAUUGUUGGAAACUUAGACGGCCCAGAUAUAGAUAUAAAUUCCCCCACAGCUAACCUCAAAGGUCCCAAAACAGGUCUAAAAAUUCCAGAUUUGAAGAUGCCUGAUUUUGGGCUAUCUGGGCCAAAUGUAGAUGAAUCUGACUAUGACUUACCUGAUAUUGACCUCUCAGCCCCAAAGCUAAAAGGGGGAAUCAGUCCCCCGGAUUUGAGAAUAUCUAAGGGUCAUCUCAAAAGCCCAAACUAGACCUCAAUGCUCCAGAUAUACCCUCAGGUAGAUUCAGAGUUCCAACCAUAGAGAGGCCAAAUGGUAGCAUCAAAGCCCCAGAUUUUGACAUCAACACUCCUACAUUCAAAAUGCCUACAUUUGGGUUGUCUACACCAAAAUUACCAGAUCAUGAUAUCAGUGCUGACCUAGGUUAAAUUGUCAAAGAUGAAAGGUGGGAUUGGUUCACCAGAUCUGGACCUACCUACAAUUGACUUAAAAGCCCCUAACAUAGAUUUAAACACUCCAGAUAUUAACAUUGGCUCACCGUCUUGGAAAUUCAAAAUUCCUCACCUCAAAUGCCUAAAUGAGGGCCUUUCUGGUCUGAAAGGUCCAGAUGCUGGAAUAGAUGGAGACAUUGAGGGACCGGACCUGAGCUUGUCAACCCUGAAAGUAAACACAGGGAUUGGUAGUCCAGAUUUAGACAUAAAUGUUCCCUCUGGUAACCUCAAAGGCCCCCAAGCUGAUCUCAAUUUGCCAGACAGUAACGUUGCUAUACAAUCUCGAAAAUUCAAACUGCCGUUGUUAAAAUGGCCUCAGUUUGGAAGUCCCAAUUGAAGAGCAGUAUCAGCUAUGGACUUUAUGAAAACAAAUGACAUUUCUCCUCCAAAAGCUAAAAUGGAUCUAAAAGCACCAGACUUGAAAGUUAGUCACCCAGAUGUCAGCCUGAGCUUACCCAAAGCUGAUAAUCAGAGGCCCAGAAUACAAAGUGGCAUCCCAUAGUAAAUGCAGAUCUGAUAUCCCAGGUAGAGCGCAUAUAAAAGAUUUUGAAUGCCAGGUGGAGUAUAUAUAAAAGUGCCUGUUGGGAAUUCUAGGAAGGUCAAAGGUACGGCUAGUUAUCCCAUUGCAGAUAUUGACUUGCCAAAAGUUGAUUACCAAGUGUUUGGUGUGGAUCUCAGAGGUUCAGACCUUAACCUUGACGACCUCACAGUGAAAUUCUAAAUUCCCAAAUCCAAGACUUCUAAAUUGGGUAGUUAUACAAGAUAUACCAGAUAUAGACUCAAGUCUUUCCAGUAUUAACACCUCAAUCCCUAUAUUCCCACCCCAAAGUGUGGAUUAGUGGUUUCACAGACAGAUUUUAAUUUGAGAAGAACUGACCUCAAGGGCAAUAAACAAUCUGAAAGCCCCAACUGGUGAAACCGGCAGAUAAAAAGAAAAGUCCAAAACAGUCUAAAAUUGUAGUUUGUGACCAAUUUGACUCAUGGUUCAAACCCCCAAAUUUCUGAAGAUCAAUCAUAUUUAAUCGCUGUACAGUAUUUCCCAAACAUGUCAAAGGGGAUGUACCAGACGGAACUGGGAGCCUGAGAAAUCGGCACAAGGAAGAGUCAAACCAUAGAUCUCAAACACUCAGAUGUCUCGAUUUCAGUGCAUCAAAUGUGGACCUUGAAGUUCCAGAAGAUGAGAACUUAAAAGGGUCAAGGCUUACAAAGCUUAUAUAGCAUUCAGACAACUGACUAAAUUUAAUUUUAGGCUUCUUUGAAUAACAAUCUUCUGUUGACACAUAAUGCAGAAAACUUCUGUUACUAGCACUUAUUUGUACUUUUUAUGUAAAUUGAUUGGUGUUUGUUUUGAACAUGUUGAAAAUGUAUGUGUAAAGGGUUCUCAUUUUGUCUUUGGUUUUACAAAAUGGAUGAAAAGCUAUUUGAAAAUGUGUUUUUACUGUACACUUGCUGUUUUACAAUCAUUUGUUUUAUCUUUAUAUUAAUGUAUUAACAGUAGGCCUUAUUUUCCAUAUUUUUGCAUUUGAAAUAACCUCUGGAAAAUUAAUUCUGUCAAGUAUGAUAAAACAUUUAACUCAACUGCUA